CAGAGGCAGGCGUUUGGCUCGGUGAAAGCGAGGUCAGGGGGCGCGAGGACACCGCCGCGUUUCCGGUCUGCGCGGAGCGUCGGCUGGAGCGCCGAUGGACCAAAAGCUCUCUCAGCUGGUCGAGGACCUCACAACCUCAGGAGAUCCUCAACUGAAUCCAGAGAAGAUGAAAGAGUUAAAGAAAAUCUGCAAGUCUUCUGAUGAACAUAUUAGUCAUGCGUAUCAUCUACUGAUGACACAGCUGAAUCAAGAACAUGCAGAGAUACGCUUCUCAGCUUUCCAAAUUGUGGAUGAGCUCUUCAUCCGGUCACAUCAGUUUAGGACGUUAAUUAUUUCAAAUUUUCAAGAGUUCUUGGAGCUCACAAUUGAAACAGACCAUGAGCAGCCUCUUCCCCCACCAAAAGAAGUAGCGCAAAAACUGAAAAAAACCGCCAUGAAAUCUGUACAAGCUUGGCAUGAGAAAUAUGGAGAAGCCUACAAGAAACUCUCCCUAGGAUACCAUUUCUUAAAACAGAACAAGAAGGUGGAUUUUCAAGACAUAAAUGUCAGAACUCUGGCUGAAAGGAGAAGGGAAGAGGAGAAGCAGAAACGAUUAGAUAACAUUUACAAAGAGAAAGCCAAAAGAGCUGAAAAAGAAAUGGAAGAAAUGUCCCAGGAAAUCCAAGACGCACUGACAGAGAUGGAGAAUUGUUUCCGGCUUUUGAUGCCAGAUCCAUUUGACUUCACAGUGAAUGAUGCAGAGUUAGACCCUGUCACAGAGAGGACUGCUAAUGAGGACAAACCUACUUCCUCCUUAUCCAUGCAGAUAGCAGGUCGCCAGCCAUAUUUGCUUGGACACAUGGAUGACGAACAACCUUGUUGCAGCAAGGAUCUUCCUUCUGUUUCCCCAUGUCUAAUAGUUGGUAGAAACAGGGACCUGAAUGAAGAGUUGGGGCUGCCUGAGCAAAAGGAAAUAGACAGAGGGGAAUGUUCAGAAGCUGAAAUAAUUGCUGCUGCCUCCAAUGAUGAUGACUAUGAAACUUUUGUUAGGAACCAUGGACUUGGUUCUCAUAAAUACACUCUCAACCUUGAAAUUUCCACAGAUGUGAAGGUGCGUGAGAAUGAAGACAAUACUGCCAUAAUAAACAAUAUCAUAGAUGUGCACAAACUCAUCAGAAAUAAAUUCUUGCCAUCUGUGCAGUCUUGGAUUCAGUUGUUCACCAGAGCAGGAAUAAAUGAUGAUUGUCUAAGAUGUGCCAUUGAUUUUAAGAAUAAAUUAGAGACUGCUAUGGAGAAACAUAAGGAAAUGAACAUUGACUAUAAAGAGAGGAAAAGAAAAGUGAUGAAAGUCUCCGACAAUGAAGAUGAAGAUGAAUUUGUGGAGGUCCCUGAGAAGGAAGGUUAUGAGCCCCACAUUCCAGACCACCUGCGUAAGGAAUAUGGGUUGGAGCCCCAAUCAUCUCCGAAAGCAUUAGCAAGAGGAAUGGUCAUGAGGCCAGCUUUGCUGAGCUCCCACUUCCAGUCCGAAAGGAAUGAAGAGGAACUGGAUCCAACUUGUGCCGCUGCAACGUUGAAACUUAUCCGAGAUAAGCUACCUAAGUUACCAUCCCUAAACACCAGUGCCUCCUCAAAUGCAGAGCCAGCAGCUUCGGGAGAGCUUGUCAGCGAGAAAGGAAAACUAGAAGAAGAAAGAGCUAAAGCUCCUAUAAUACCCUUUGGAUUAGAUCUUUACUACUGGGGACAGGACCAGCCAACUACUUGCAAAAUUCUCAAAUUUUCUUCUCAGCAUCGAUUUUGGGCACCCAGUGAAAUGGAGGAAGAGGUGGAAAACAAAGAAGUAGCCGAAAUGUUGAAAAGUAGAUGCAUAACUUUUUCUGGCAAGUUUGAACCGGUGAAACAUAAAUGUCGAGCGCCUAUGCCUGAUGGGAGACUAUGUGAAAGACAAGAUAGGAUUAAGUGCCCUUUCCAUGGGAAGAUAAUCCCUCGGGAUGACUCUGGGAAUCCCAUUAAUCCAGAGGACAAAAUGAGAGAAGAAAAGAAGAGGUUUGAGAAGCAGGCAGAACAGCCAGAGUGGCAAGACCCAGAAUUCAUGAGAGAGGUUGAAGUAGCUACUGGAGUAGAUCUUGGAUCCUCUAGAUACAGUGGGAAAGGAAAAGGAGGGAAGAACAAAGGGAAGAAGAGGAAAUAUCCAAAUCUGACAGACUUGAAACAGGAGGCUAAUACUUCUCGUUCACGUCUGGAGAAGAAAGUCUUCAAUAACCCAGUCCCAUCGUCUUAUGUUAGUAGCAGCACAAACAACAUGAAGGGAGCUGAAGCAUUGUGACCUGGGCUUCUACUGUUCUCAUCCCAGCCUCCUGUUCAGGGACUUGGGGAAAAGCACCUCUGCUGUGCAAACCAGGUGAAAAGCUGGUGCAGGAGAGUAGCACACAGCUGGAGAGUUCAGUGCCAACCAGCAAGCAGUGAAGCUGAGCCUCCGUCCCCAGCCCAAAUUCCUGUAAUCCCAAUGGGCCUUUGUUAAUACUUCUAGGGAGGGGAAUCUUCUGUCUCUCUCACCCUUUUCCGAAGAAGUGAGAGUUGGAGAGUUUGCAUGCCCUGCUGAGAGAGAGGCCUGGGUGGAGAUUCACAAUACUGUUUCCAUUCCUCUCCCGUUUCCUCCAACCUAUUGCAUUCAGGCAGUCACUGCUGCCCUCUGGUGCUGCUGGGGCCACUUUUGCCAACGGCAUAGGAAACUGUCUGGACAAGGGAGUAUAGGCUGGCACAUUUCUCUUUAAAGAGGGCAAAUCAGUCAGGGGUCCGAAAAUAAGCAAUGUGUGCGCAGAUGUGUGUGCAUAUAUAUU